AGUAAAUUGGGGAUUUUUUUUCAAAGUUUUACAGCAGAAUGAAAAGACCUAAUAAUUCCAGAAUAGCAGAACAAGAAUCAUCUGCAAUGUCGAUCUUUAUUCCAGAAGAGAUCAUAUUUGACAUUUUAACAAGAUUACCAGCAAAAUCUCUCUCAAGAUUCAGGUGUGUAUCCAAAUCUUGGAACAAUCUUAUUAAAAACCCUCGUUUUGUCAAACUCCAAAUUAACCAUUCUUUGAAAUAUGGUGAACCUGGUAUCAUAUAUACAUAUACUCGCGAGAGAAAGAUCUGUUGUGUUGAUUACGAUUCAUCAUCUUCGAGAUUAAGUAAUUCUGUUGCUCAAUUUGAUUGCCCUUCAGAACUUAAAAUGGGACGCAUUAUAGAUUCUUGCAAUGGGUUAGUUUGUUAUCUUUCAUCUCUGAGAGAAAUUGUGAUUUGCAAUCCGUAUAUUAAAGAUUACAGGAAGUUACCAUCGCCAUCCGAACCAGAUGUUACGAAUCCAAGAUAUGAAUAUGACAAUUAUACCUAUUGUAAGUAUGGGUUCGGCUAUGAUUCGAAAACAGAUGAUUAUAAGUUUGCAUGUAUGUCAAAGUAUCCAGGAAUGUCUACUGAAAUCAUUGUAUAUUCAUUGAUAUUCGAUUCAUGGAAGAUAUGGCAAGACAUCCCUUAUGAAUUAGCUGAUGAUGAUCUAGUGCUUUUUGAAGGAAUUUUUUACUGGGUGGAAGAUAGAUCAGAAUAUGCCGAGACAGAUGAAGACAUCGGUAAAGUGAUUUCCUCUUUGGAUAGUGGUGUGGACUCAUUCACAAGAUAUGCACUACCACAACACUUCAAAAAGUGUAUCGGCCGGAUAUAUGUUUGUGUUUUGGGAGGUUGUCUUCACAUUAUUGGUAAUCAUCACAGGGGGUCUUUUAGUGAGGUUUGGGUGAUGAAAGAUUUUGGUUGGACAAAACUGUUCACUAUUGAUAAAACAAGUAGUGGCCUUAGAUGCUUUGCGUGUUUGAAUCUGAAGCAUUCCUUCAAGAAUGGUGAGAUUUUGGUACAGGCGAAUAGCGCUUUCUCUUAUUUGUAUGAUCUCAAACGUAAAAGGUUCGAAAAACUUGUGUUCAAUGACUGUGAAGUGUUCAACUCAUGCGCUUUUCUGGGGACCUUCGUUUCACCUAAUAACUUGGGUACUUCUUUGGGGAAUGCAGCAGGUCACAACAAGCGGCAGAAGGUUUCACAUGUAAAGAAGAUGAAAGAUUAGUCUGUGUGGUUUUCAUCCAAUAGCAAACAUGCUUGCUUGAUCUUAGCUCAGUGGAAGAAUGCACAUGAAUUCAGCGUACCUGUACAAUGCAAAUUUGUAAAGUAAACAAGGUUUGUUCUUAUGACAAGUUAGAGAAGAAGAGUUUAUAUCUUUGCCUUAAAUUUCAGAUACGCGUUAAAGAUUGUAGGAAGUCUGACUUUUUGGAUGCUUGAUGUGAUGUAGGAUGACCUUUAGGUAAUCAAAGUUGUACAUUUUUGUAUUAAACAAUUGAUCACAGUUUGGUUAUUUUCUGCAAUGCUAGUCCUUUAGAGAGGAAGGAUAAGCAUUGUGACAGGAAGUUUUCUUUCCAUAUACUAAAGCAUGA